ACUUCUCGGCGUCAGGGCGUGUCGAAGUGUGAUUGCUGCACCUAACUGCCGCCAAUUAACACCUAUUUGAUAACCCAACGUGUCGUGUAAACGACUUUUGUGUGGCAUAUCCGUUGAGAUGCGUAAAAUUCCUCUUUCCUGUCGGUUUCGGUACAAGGACAUUCCGCGUUGACACCUAGACUCCGCAAUCCAGCUGCCAGCGCGAAUCCGCCGAGCGACUCUACUUGCAAAUGACCAAUUAACAGAUGGCGGCAGGUACAGCCGGUGCGUUUUCUAUCGCUUCUCUGCUCUUUGAUGGCAAAGAGAGAGAGACUAGUGACGAACAGUGUGUAGGGCAAGAUCUGGAUCUGCCUAGUAAGUGCCGAGUAGAACUCGAAAGCAGAGAUUUGUGGCAAAAGUUCAACGUUAUCGGCAACGAAAUGAUUCUGACGAAGUCCGGACGGCGCAUGUUUCCUGCUCUUCGUUUCGUCUUGCGUAACCUCGAUCCACUGGCCAACUACGAGCUGAUGGUCGGGAUAGAACCGAUUGAUCAGAAGCGGUACCGCUAUUGCUACCAGAGAAGUCAGUGGUUGGAAAACCCGAGUCCCGAGCACGAUGACAAGCCGUCAUCAAAUGCAUCUCGGACAUUCGUGCAUCCUGCUUCUCCUGCUACAGGCGCUUACUGGAUGCGAGAUUCUGUAUCGUUUGAGAAGAUGAAAUUGACUAACAACUGGAAGGACGAUGGCGGACACAUUGUUCUCCAGUCUAUGCAUAGAUAUCGACCCAAGUUACACAUAGUUUGCACAGAUACCGGAGAAGUGGAAGACUUCGAUUUUGAAGAGACCGCAUUCAUGGCCGUGACUGCCUACCAAAAUCCGCAGAUAACGAAACUAAAGAUUGAGGGAAAUCCGUUCGCUCGGGGAUUCCGAACACUCUCAAGUGGUGUGAGAGAUGGCAGAGGAGCGACAUCACACAGGGAAACUUGUGCGUCUCGUCGAUGUACCGAAGUGGCCGUCAACAGCUGGACGAGCGGACAUCAUCCCAAUUAUUCAUACCACUUCGCCACGCCCACGUACGUUAGUAGGCAGUCUAUAGAACGCAAGAUGGCACAGCCUCCUUCAUGGCUUUCUCACCUGUCCGUGCCACCGCCGUUGCUCAGAGUGAAAGACCACCACUCUGUCUGUUAUUCGGAUCUACACGGACUCGGCGACGAACACUUACGCAGUCCGUCUGCGUCGCCAAUCAGAGGAGCUUGGCUAGCAUGACGGGUGUAGGCGUGUAGAGAGAUAAUCUUGUGAUACAGU